AUGUCUUUUCGCGUGGUGCGUAGCAGCAAGUUUCGCCACGUGUACGGAACCCCACUGAAGCGCGAACAAUGUUACGAUAAUAUCAGAGUCUCCAAAUCAUCAUGGGACUCGACUUUCUGCGCUGUGAAUCCCAAAUUUCUCGCUAUAAUCGUAGAAUCGGCGGGUGGCGGUGCCUUCAUCGUCUUGCCGCACAACAAGGUAGGAAGAAUACCAGCAGACUAUCCUUUAGUAGGUGGACACAAAGGACCUGUAUUAGAUAUUGCAUGGUGUCCUCAUAAUGAUAAUGUCAUAGCUUCUGGUUCCGAAGAUUGUGUUGUCAAAAUAUGGCAAAUACCUGACGGGGGUAUUUCCAGGACAUUGACUGAAUCGAUAGUAGAUCUGCAACUACACCAACGCAGAGUCGGUUUAGUACUAUGGCAUCCAUCUGCUCUAAAUGUGUUGCUCACAGCUGGCUCAGACAAUCUUGUUAUUAUUUGGAACGUUGGAACAGGAGAAGCUUUAGUGCGCAUUGACUGUCACCCAGAUGUAGUUUAUUCUGCAUGCUGGAACUGGGAUGGAUCUCGGAUAGUUACUACAUGCAAAGAUAAAAGGAUUCGAAUUUUGGAUCCGAGAUCAGGCGAAAUAUUAGAAGAAGCUGUAGCGCAUGAGGGAAGCAAGGCAACUCGUGCCAUCUUUCUCAGGGGUGGCUUGAUUUUUACCACGGGUUUCAGCAAAAUGUCGGAAAGACAAUAUUCAUUACGAGCUCCUGAUAUGUUGGGCGAACCCAUAGUUAUGGUAGAAUUAGACACCAGCAAUGGAGUUAUGUUUCCGUUGUAUGAUCCCGAUACAAAUUUAGUAUAUUUAUGCGGUAAAGGCGAUUCUGUGAUCCGGUACUUUGAAAUUACGCCUGAACCACCGUUUGUUCAUUAUAUAAACACUUUCCAAACUCCUGAUCCUCAACGAGGUAUAGGAAUGAUGCCAAAACGGGGCUGUGACGUUAAUAGCUGUGAAAUAACCAGAUUCUAUCGAUUAAACAAUUCGGGCUUUUGCCAAGUAGUCUCUAUGACAGUACCGAGGAAGUCGGAGCUUUUCCAAGAAGACUUGUAUCCUGAUACACCCGGUGAUACGGCCGCGAUAUCGGCCGAAGAAUGGGAAGCCGGUACUGACGCUGAACCUGUUUUGAUAUCUCUUAGGGACGGUUACCAGCCAUCCGUCUCGAAAAAUGAGCUCAAAGUUCAAAAGAAAUCCAAUAUACUGAGCAAAGGAGCCAAGGUUGCAUCUAAUGCGCAGAAUGCAGCGCAAAUUUCAUCAGCAGCAUGCGAAGAAAUGCUGAAGGAAUGCAGGGAAGAAAUACGAAAAUUAAAAGCCGUAAUUGUGAAGCAUGAAGGGAGGAUACGAGUGUUGGAAUCGGCAGUCGCACUUCAGAUGAAGGAAGAGGAGAGAAAAGAGAAGUCAGCAUCACCCGACGGCAAGGAAGCGCUUGCUUCCGAUGAAGUGUAAACCUUUUUUGGGUCUCGACCAAGUUCCGGUGUGACGCUGUAUUUCUAACUAGAGCAUAUUUUUUACUAGAAUCACUAAUAUCGUGUAAUAAGAAUGACCGUAUAUUUUGAUAUAACAAACUUGUGUAAAUAGUAGGUUUUAGCGAUGACGUGUGUCUGACUCCUUUUCUUUCUACUCUGUCUGUUUAUCUAUCUAUUUCUAUCUCUUCGUAAUGAUAUUUGCUAUUUAUUGUACAUCCAUUAUCGUACAUUCUCUGCAUUUGUAUUAUGUUUAUAUGUUUUAUUAUUAUUAUUAUAUUUACUGACGUUUAAAGCCAUUGUACGUAAUAUUAUCUGCCCCCUAAAGUUAAGUUUUCGCGCGAUUGAUGCAGCGAUACGCGAUACAAGACUUGUGUAAAAUGAACCUUUGUAUGAAUAAUUAUUCGUAACACAUGUGAGUGCCUAACUUGUACAGAUAUUUGAUGUUAAAUAACAAAGAAUAUUAUUUUGUUUCAA